AUGGCAUCCUCAAGCUCCAAAAACAGUCCAGCCUUGUCCCACUCAAGCGCUGGCACCAAGUCGCCCGCCACACAAGCUUCGACCCUGUCACUUGAAUCAUCACGCUACGUCUCCAAAGACUCGCCACUUGACCCCAAGAUUGAUCCGAACCAGCCCAUCGAGCUCUCCGGUCCCGAUCACAAGCCUGUCUUCCCUCCCAAAUACACCAAAAAGCCGACCUCUCAUCAUUCGCACUCUCGAUCCGGCGAACCAUACCCGAGUCGAGAGCGUGGAACGGGACCGGCCCGCGCAUAUCACCACAAUUCGGCUGCACCAGAAGAGCGUCGCUCCUCCACUCAGCAGCAAAGCUUCUACACGCAGUCUGCAUCUCAACCCCCUCUGCCGCAGCAUCAUUCGCGUGAUCCGGAGUACUAUCCUAACUACGCGCAUCCAAGCCAACAGCAGUAUUCUCAUCAUCACCCCCAACACCAACACCACCACUAUCCCCACCACCCGUCCUCGGCAGCGCCUCCUCGACAGCCGAUCCCACCGGUCCAUCAUCAACAAGCACCCCCACCUGGACCCCAUUACGCCUCACCAGAGCCAUCCUACUACCAUGGUCAAUCCGGUCCUCAGUCUCAGUCUCAGUCUCAAUCUCAGCCUCCGCCGCAUCACGGCCACGGCCAUCCCGCCAUGACACAUAGACCCGAGGACUAUUACCAUGAUCAACAACCUCCGCGCAGUGACCGUCACUCGCACGGUGGUGGCCCACCACCGACGCAUUUCUACGCUGGCCAGGAUCAAUUCCUGUCAGAUCGGAGACAGGACGGUCUGCCGCGCAUGCCGCAGGACGAUUACUAUGAGUCGCGCCAAUCGCUCGAGCAACAUGAGUUGUAUCAGAGCUCUGCGCGACUUACUCCGCAGGCUGGUGCUGGUGGUGGUGGUGGUGGGGCUCGCAUCAAGAUUGAGCCUGAUGAUAUGGAUAUCGAUCACAUGGGUCGUCGCGCGACACCAGAGAAGCAAAUUGUUGGGGUGAAGCGUGGCCGGAGUUGA